AUGGCCAACCUGCGUGAGACUUUCCUCAGCCUGGAGGAUGGCUUGGGCUCCUCCGACAGCCCUGGCCUGCUGUCCUCCUGGGACUGGAAAGACAGGGCGGGGCCCUUCGAGCUGAACCAGGCCUCCCCCACCCAGAGCCUCUCUCCAGCUCCAUCGCUGGAGUCCUAUUCUUCGUCUCCCUGUCCAGCUGUGGCGCGGCUCCCCUGUGGGCAUGGAGGUGCCAACAGCGGGGGCGGCGAUGACUGCGGCGGCCUUGGGACGGGGGGCCUGGUGGAGGUAGACUAUAAUAUGUUAGCUUUCCAGCCUGCCUACCUGCAGGGCGCUGGUGGUGCCAAGGCCCAGAAGGGCACCAAAGUCAGGAUGUCUGUCCAGCGGAGGCGGAAGGCCAGCGAGAGGGAGAAGCUCCGGAUGAGGACCUUGGCAGAUGCCCUGCACACCCUCCGGAACUACCUGCCACCGGUCUACAGCCAGAGGGGCCAGCCGCUCACCAAGAUCCAGACGCUGAAGUACACCAUCAAGUACAUCGGGGAACUCACAGACCUUCUCAACAGCGGACGGGAGCCUCGGCCCCAGAGUGCCCGAGCACAGCCCAGGCACCCAGGGACUCACCACUCCAGCCCCCUGGGUGGGGCAGAGGAAAUUUAA